GCGAGCAUUCCAGCCGGGUGUCGCAUUUGUGUACGCCCCUUCUUGUCGCGUGCCUCGGUCGUGCCGUAUAAAAGACUCCGGCUGGACACAACAGCCGUCUGUACUCGGGUCGACGUCGUCCAGGACACAGCUCAGCCAACCCCAGCCGACGACAUGCAGCAGACGACGGUGCUCGCCGUGGCCGUGGUGGCCAUCCUCGCGGUCGGCCUCGCGUCGGCCGCCCAGCCCGACCUGCCCGUCCCGGAGGGCGGGCUCCUGCGCCGGCUCGCGCCCGGCCCCGUCCCUGACGGCGACCUGGACUUGCGGAGGUUGGCGCCCCGAGCCGUGGUCCCCAAGGGCGGCCCUGUCCCCGUCGCGCCCCCUGCCCCCGGCAAGGGGCCCAAGCCUAAGGGUGCCAAGGGAGACGGCGACCUGGAGGGAGCCGAGUCCGUGUACGGCUACCCCUACGGAUACUACGGCUACCCCUACGGCUACUACGGCUACCCCUAUGCCUAUGGCUACCCCUACGGCUACAGCUACGGCUACUACCUGGGAUGAGCGCCAACUUCGGAACCACGUGCGUGACGUCGGGCAAUUGCAUUAAGAUAAAUAAUAAAAUAAUCGUUAAACAAUGCAAA